AUGAAAUCUGUAAUCAUUAAACAAACCGGUGCUUUCGCGAAAAGAUUAGUUUUAGCUCCAUACUUUUUUUCCAUGUGUGUAUAUGAGUGUGCAUGUGUGUUUGUAAUGCAUGCCACUUCAUUUCCUUGUUACAGAUCUGAUGCAGACAUAACAUCAAGACCCUAUCAAAGUAUAUGGAGUAAAAGAGCAUCAGCAUUACAAAGUGUACCUUACAAAUCAAAGUAUCUUAUAUCACUAUCUGACUUCACUCAGGCAGCACCAGUGUUGUCCGCCUCUCCUGGUCUAUUAAAAUGCAGCCAUCAUCAAGUCUUAUUUUCUCAAUAUUUAUUUGCUCCUUGCUCUGUGAUCCUGUGCCAAAAAUAUCCAAACAAUGUCUAUUGUCAAAACCAGCAGUAUAGAAGUUUCCGGAGUGCCACAGCUUGGUGGAAAGAUGAGUCUAAAGUUGAAAAAACUGUGAAAGCGUUGAAAGGCAGUGCAUCUGAGGAUGAAGUAGUGCCAACAAAAACUGAAUCUGCAGUCGCUCCCAAGAAAACUCUCUGGCAGCGUUUUGUGGCCUUCUGCAUACAUUAUUAUCACGGGUUUCGUCUCCUGGCUAUUGACAUGAAGAUAUCGUCCAAGCUGCUGUGGCAGUUGCUACGUGGGAAAAGUUUAACUCGGCGAGAACAUAAUCAACUUGUGAGAACCACAGCAGACAUGUUUCGGCUGGUUCCUUUACUGGUUGUUAUUAUUGUGCCAUUUGCAGAAUUUUUACUGCCUUUUGCGCUGAUCUUGUUCCCCAAUAUACUGCCCAGCACUUUCCAGGAUCCUAAUGAUGAGAAGAAAAAGCGAAAGAAAACACUGAAAGCGAAGCUUGAAAUGGCCAAAUUUUUGCAAAAGACAGUGCAGGAAUCAGCUGUUGAAGCCGAUAAACAUGAAGGACAAACAGUAGAAUCAUUUGCUCAGUUUAUGGACAAGAUAAGAAAAGAAGGAACCAAGCCACGAACAAAGGAUAUCAUGAAAUUUGCCAAGCUUUUUGAAGAUGAGAUCACUCUGGACAAUCUCACACGGUCACAGUUACGAGCUUGUUGCAUUAUUCUGAAUGUCACUCCUAUAGGAAGUGAUGCACUGUUGAGAUUUCUCCUUCAAAUGAAACUUCGUCGACUUCGUGCAGAUGACAAGGUGAUACAGAGGGAGGGUGUCGAGAGCUUGAGCAUCAGUGAGCUGCAGGCAGCAAACAGAGCUCGGGGCAUGAAUGCACUGGGUGUGUCCGAGGAGCGCUUGAGAGCACAGCUGAAGCAGUGGCUACGGCUUCACCUGGAGGAGAAGAUACCCACAUCCUUGCUGCUCUUGUCCAGAGCAUUGUACAUACCAGAUAAUCUUUCCACAGAAGAAAAGCUGGGCGCUACCAUCACACAGUUACCAGAGACUGCUGCUGUGGAAGCAAAACUGAAAGCGGCUGAGAUGUCUGGAGAAACUGUUGAUAACAAGACCAGGCUAGAGAUUAUCAAACAUGAAGAAGCUAUCAUUGCUGCAGAGAAGGAGGAGUUGGCCAAAGAAAUCAAGCUUCUGGAGGAACAGACUGUGAAAGAUGUGACAGACUUCAGGGCUGCAGACAAUGCCAGGGAAGCACAGCUGAAGAUGGUUGACAAGGCAAAACCCUUGGAAACUCCACCCAGUGAAAUUUUGGUUGACCGUGCUAAAGUCCUACAGCCGUCAGAUGGUGAGAGUAUAAAACAGGAGGAGUCUGCUAAGAUUACAGCCAAGGAUUUGGAUGAUAUGGAGACUGUGCUUGAAGAAAUUGCCAAAGAGAGAGGGCUCAACAUUGAAAAAGAUGCCUUGAAAGGUCUUAAACAUGAAGUUUCCGAGUAUAAAGAGGAUUUGGAAGACCUAAAAGUUGUGGCUAACGGAGACAAGAAAAAGCAUUUCCAGGAAUCGCCAGCCGCUCGUCAUUUAGCAAAGAAGGUUGAUAGCAUGAUUGCACGGCUGGACACAGUAAUGGCGGAUCUCGAGGAGGAUAAGACUAGUGUUCAACAACAAAUGUCAAAGGAGAAGCAGAUCUUGGACAAAGAACAUAUAGGCGCUGUUCAACGCUCGCAGGAGAAGAUUGAUAAAUACAAAUCAAACAUCAUCUCUGUCAAUGAACUGAUAGUGGCUCUGAAGCGUCUGAAAAAAGUUCCCAGCGAAUCAAAGCUACAGCAGAUUUUCCAAGCUCUCGACCACGACAAGGAUGGAAACAUUCAUAUUAAUGAUGCUUUACAGGUUCUGGAGCAUUUAAGUCAAGAACAUCUCAAACUGAGCCCUGCCCAGAUGGAAGAAGUACUCACUGUUCUAAAACAUGAAGCUCAACUGGAGGAUGAGGAGCGUCAGAAAGAAAAAGAACAGAAGGAGGGUAUAUUGUCAGAAAGAAAGCAGUAG